AAUCCGUAUAUGUUGUACAACCAGUACCUACAUUGUACGAACGAACCAAAGGGAGAGUAGCGCGCGCGACACGCGCACUACAUUUCAUCCGCGGAUUUAUCUUUAUCUCAAAUGUGUUUCGCGGCCCGCAGAUUCCCAUGGUGGAAUGUGGAUGCUGUGCGCGGUGGUUUGUUUCGUGCGGGGUUUUAAUUUUUAUUGUGUGACUCGUGUGAUCGUUUCAGUGCUGCCAGGAGGGGACCUAACCAAACCUGGAGACCAACCGUCGCCUUGAUCCGGAAGUGCGGUCGGUAUAUUCAAAUGCUGCACUGAACUGCUGGAGAGGCGUUGUCUUUACGGAUGUACGAAGACGAAAUAGACAGUAGCGGCAGGCGAUGGCUCGGGUAGAAAAACCGCCCCCACCUUCCCCGGCGCUCACCCCUUCAUGGCAGCUACCAGCGACAGCGGGCUAGUGGAGACAGAUCCAAGUCGAGUUGGCAACAUGACAGCUAUCAACUCGGGUCCGGUCGGGGAGGUGGGUGGCGUGAGACUGCCGUUGCAAUCCCUGCACGGGUAUGGCUCCGUGUUCAUGUACUCGGCCUCCAUGAGCAACGGGGAAGCCGGUGGGGGCGCCGGAGGAGGCGGGAGUACCGGCGAGGUCACCCUGAGGCUUCGCGAACCUGAGGACAUUCCUGAAGAAGUCUUGGCCCGUCUCGAGGACACCGCUACUCUAUCCAUCUCGCUUCAGGGUGACACUGUCCUCAGAUUGGGUGGCGCCGGUACAGGAAACGGAAGCUUGGAGCUGUUUGACAGCGAGAGCGGACCGGAUCUUACCCUGUCGCCUCAGACCUUCACCUCGACGGCGGAGGCAUUUAUCAACGACAACAGCGACAGCCUAGGUGUUCCGGGAGACAACGAUGCUGGCAGUGGCGAGGAGUCGAGGUCGGGAACGGGAGAGCCGGGUAAACUAGGAGUGAAGAAGCAGCGGCCGAAGGCCUCCUCGCCGAACAGACAAGGACCCCAGCAGUGCCAGGUGUGCGGUAAGGUCUUCAACAACGCGUCUGCCUUGACGAAACACAAGCUGACCCACAGCGACGAGAGGAAGUACGUGUGCACGAUGUGCGGAAAGGCGUUCAAGCGGCAGGACCACUUGAACGGUCACAUGCUCACCCAUCGUAACAAAAAACCGUACGAGUGCAAGGCCGACGGAUGUGGAAAGUCUUACUGCGACGCGAGGAGCCUGAGAAGGCACACGGAGAACCAUCACGCCGGAAGUAAAGUGAACGAGAGCGUCAGCCCCAGCAGCCCGAUUACCGGCCCUCACACCCCCAACACGCCAAGCAGCAAUCCGAGCACACCGAGCACCCCAGGGGCCCCGGCGACCCAAAAUGGCCACAACAACACGGCCCUGAAGCAGCUUCUCUCGACCGAACCGGCGCCCUCGAACCAGCAGCACAAGUCGGCCACGUCUCCCGGGGGGAACAACGACGGCCUUACCAAGCAGCAGCUCGAACUUAUCCAGCAAAUAAUGCAGCAGACCCAGCAACAGGCGUCCCAGCAAUCCUCGCAGCAGUUGUCGCAGACGAGUUCGACGCCCCCGACGACCGCAACCAACGUCGCGGCUGCGGCUGCCGCUGCGGCCGUCGCGGCCGCGGCUGCGGGACAGACAAAGCCUGCGAAAUCCUCGAGCAAAGCUCCGACGGCGCCGAGCUCGAACGUCGCAAGCUCAGCGAGCAACGGAUCGUCAACGGCAAGGUCGAGCCCGAAACCGAGAACCUGGACCCACUCGCAGCAACAGCAACAGCAGGCUCAGCAGCAAGCAAAUUCACCGGGUACCGGAAACGCGGGUAAGAACAGCCCUUCGCCGGGCAACACGUCGUCGCCUGGUCAAAGUCCGACCGCAAAAAUUCAGGCGGAGCCGAAGCCAGUCGAGUGCAAUUUGUGUCAUCGGAAGUUCAAGAACAUCCCGGCCCUCAACGGGCACAUGAGACUCCACGGGGGUUACUUCAAAAAGGACGCAGAGAAUAAGAAGUGCGAAAAGAAAGAGGUCGUCGGUCCUCCUCUGCAGACUGCGUCGUCAAGUGUGAGAGCUUUGAUCGAGGAGAAGAUCAUCCAAAAGAGAACGACUGCUCUCGCUCUUUCAGCAAACGAUGGCAACAACCCUGCAGCUGUCCAGUCUCGAUCUACUCCCAACACCUUCACCACCCAGACUUCGGCCGAUCGGCCUAAUCAGACCUCGGGGAAGACGGGAUUCGCGAUACCCGCUCCUCCCCCAUUAACCAUCGGUGAGAAGGUGAGGAGGCAUUCGGACAGCGAACACUUCAGGCAGCCCAACGUCACCGUCGCCAACCAUGCCGCGGUGCAGAAGCAGCUCCAGGAGGCCCAGACCCAGGCUCAAGCCCAAGCCUUGGCAGACAUGAUACUGAAGGGAACCACGAAAAUGGCGGUGAAGAGGACGACCUCCGACCCCGGCCAGAGAGUUCAGCUAAACUAUCAGGCAACGACCGCCACGGCCCAGCCGAACGCCAACCAACAGCAGCAAUCGCAGACCCAGCUCCAGGCCACCGUAACCGAUAGCUUCCCGAUGACGGGAUACUCGGAAGACGGAGGAUACUUCAGUCCGAGUUUGCAGGACGAGGUGUUUCAGCAAGUAACAGCCGUGCCCGACAGCGUCCUGCUGCAUGCGACCCAGCUGGACUCGAUUCAGUUUCAGACGACGGGCCUACUGCACGAACAGUCUUCCGAACAAUUGCAGGAUAUAUCACUCGAGGAUCGUUUCUCGACGCAGCACACGGUCAACCCGGACCUUCAGGCUCUGGUGAAUUCACCCCUGCCCGACUCCCUGGCGGAAUUCAGCACCUACGGAGCCCAAUUUAGCACAGAGAGUCCGCACACUUUGCCAACCCAGUCGCCGCUUCCGUCGCCGCUUACCCGCCACGACAGUCCGAGCUUUACAUAUCCGACUCCGCCCGCCAGUCAAGAAGGUCUUUUGACCGGAAGUCUACCGCUCCUGAGCCCCCAGGAGGACCCGGACUCCGUCAGGCCCGUAUCGUCCCCUCUUUCCGCGGCCUUUUACACGACGACGAUGUCCUCAGCGGCCGCGGUCGAGGAAGCCUUGAGCGAGGUCCUUCCCGGGGAGACCGAGGCCGACACGGACUUGUACGGCGGGUCGCCAAAUCCUCAUUCGCCACUGCCAAGUCCCCUCUCGACGACCCCGGCACCCUCUCCUCUCUCCUCGCUUCCGCCUUCCUCGGUCUCUUCCCCCGGUCCAGCGGCCUUCUCCGGUUCGAGUUUCCCCGUAUCUCCCCAUCACGGGCUACAGAAUCAGAUGAUGCCGAACUCGGAAGAUCCGCUGCUCUCAUCGAGUCCGAAGGACUUCACCGCUGGUCGGAGGAAAUUCGAGUUCUCCGGCUUUCAAUCGUACAAAUUGAUAACCAGCCAGAAUCUGGUGGAUUUCGGACUCGGAAAUGGGAGUCUCGCUGGAAUUGUCGUCGACAACAACGGCGAGUUCAAACUCAUACAGACCGCCGGACUUCAGAAAGCCAAUGUUCUUGUCCAGGCUGGAUCACUGAGUCCGCUCACUUUCAGAAAAGAAAUAAGACUAGCUACUCCCAAGGUCGAACUUCCGGGCGCCAACAACGUUUUGUCGAGCGCGUUGAAUGCUCAGCCGCAGUUUCACCAGAAUCAGAUACAUCAGCCGGCCUUUAACCCAGCCAAGUUUCUCAUACAGACAAACAACCCGGCGAAAAAUACGACGGUAAAAUGUAAAACACCCAACAACCUGCCGGUUCCUAUCGAACAGAUCAAGGAAGAGCUUCUCGACGAGGACGUAUUUCUUAGUCCUACAAGUAUUCCGGCUAGCCCGAUCAGGCAGUCUAGAAAAAGGCCGAGGAUUGACGGCCACUACACAAACUCUAAUUCGUAUCCUUCAAGACUGAGAAGGGCCUGUGACAGACAUUGGGACAGUAGUUACACACCUCCGCCUAUAUUAGACCCGUCCAGAUCAGGCCCGGGAUUAUACGCAAGGCUACAUCAGCACGAAAGGGAUUCGGAAUUCAGUUCUGACGAUUCCCAAGGGAACGACGGACCUCCCCCUAGAAUAAACAUCGGCACCAGAUAUCAAGCGACGAUACCUCCGGUCAGGUGCGACGGCGAGAGAGGCAGAGGAGGACCCGAAGUUGACCAUCUGCUCUGGGAUCCUGGCAUAAACAACACCUUGACGGAUACGGAAAUUGAAAUGUACCUACAGUUUGCCUGUUGCGCAGCUGUGCCUGGCGGGGGAAGAAACAAGGAGUAUGCUCUUCACCUGCUGCAUAUGUGCAAAGGAAACAUUCACGAAGCAAUGUUGAAGCUGAUGAGACCGACUCCUUCUCUGCCAAUGGGACAUCCAUUGCUCAGCUACGAGUACCACGAGUCUGAUCGGUGGACAGCCCACGAAAUGGACUUAUUCUAUCAGAGUUUAUCGAAACGGAAUAAAGAUUUCAGGGGGAUAUCUCGUGACGUUGGAAGCAAGUCCGUUAAGCAAUGCGUGCAAUUUUACUACCUCUGGAAAAAACUUUGCCCUGAUGAGUACAAAAGAAUAAGAUCCCGACAUGGAAAACCAAAGAUCAAAAUUGAAAAUAAAGAUAUUAAAGAUUGUAAGGAUACCAAGGAACUCAGAGACGCAAUUGCGUCUGUAACGGAUCUCGACUUUAGCGAAGAAAAAUCAAUUCUCCAUCGCACCCUGUUGCAGACUAACGAAAGGGAAAGCUCGGCCACGCUGACAACCAGCGAAGGGGAACUGAGAUUGUUCGCCUAUGAAUGCCCUGAUAGCUUUAGCGGAAGUGUAACAGUAACGAUGGCUGGAAGCACCCAAACUGGCCAAACCGGUCACGUCACAGCCAACACCAACUCACAAACUCACACUAGUUCUGAGCAUCUACCACCCGUGCCCACCCUACUUCACUACCCCUGCAAGAUUUGCGGGAAAGUUUUCAACAAAGUGAAAAGCAGAAGUGCACAUAUGAAAUCUCAUCGUCCAAUACCCUCCCCAGAUUCAAUGGCUCAAGAAUCUAAGCGUAGUGCUGCAGCAGUUCAACAACAAAAUAAUCAGCAACAGCAACAAUCAAAGCAAUCGCAGGAUUAUCAGUACACGACGACGCUGACAGCGACAACAAAUAGUGACUCCAAUGCGCUGAAUUGUGCAAAUCAUUUAUGGCACAAUCCUGCGAGACUCAGGCCACCUUAAGAAUAAUGAAACGAAGAAAGAUGUGAACAAGAAAACGAACCAGUCGACAACGUAAAGUUUAGUUACCCAACGAAGGCUGUAAUGUUUGGAGAGACGAAUGUCACAACUUGUAUUAAGCAGAAAUCUAACGGUGCGAUUUCAAAACUGUAUUCCAAUAUAUUGGACCCAAAUUUGAUCUGUGCAGGGUGCGGUUCUUACUUUUUUUUAACUCUCUUUUCUUUCUUUCUUUAGUUAUUUAUUGAUUCAAAACUCCGACUCGAAUUAUUCAAACACGGUUUUUGUCAAAGGAUAGCAAUGAAAAGAAAAAUUUAAACUCGUGACAUAUACGAACACUCUAGGCCUAAAUAAUAGUUUAGUUCUCCUACUUCUCCGCCGUCCCCUCUUUCUACCAAAAAUUGAGAGUAUUUAUACUGCACCGAUACCGUUUAAAUGUACAUCUAUUAGCGAAACGAAAUGUUUGCAUAAAAAUGAUGAUUUUCGAUUAAUGAAUUGGACAAUUCACGAAAUUGUGGAGUGUAAUUGAAUAAUACCUGUACAUAAUAUUACUACACCACAAGACAAAAAUAUCGGGGCAUUUAAUGGAGAAACAACAUCCAGAAAAUGUAAACUUGCUUCGGGAAUGAAUUCGGCGGUAGAGAAAUGGAGAUGAAUGGAUAAACGUUGUUAUUGAAAGGAAAUGAUGAUAAAUUUUUAAACGAAGGAUGUGAAAAUGUGACAAACCUCUAUUGAUGAUUUAGAUAAGCGUGUUAUACGCGGUAAGCAAAACUCAACGGUCAUGAAAUACUACCGAGUGAACGUGCACACUGUACGUAUACUACGAAAGCUGUGCCACAAAUAGAGACACUGUACGGUUACCUGUUUAGUAUUUUUUAUUCUAAAGAACUUUUACGUUGUUUUUCCUUGUGAGAUAACUGACUCGUGUGCUCAAUCGUCUUCUACGUAAUGUAAUGUAAAAUCGACCCUGUUAAUUGUUGUAAACUAUCAAUCGCCUAAGCAGCCGUACUUAGUUGUUGUGGAAUUAGAAACCAAAAAAAAAAAAAAAAAAAUUCUACAGAAUUCAAUAACGUUUAUGGUAUCCGUGAUCAAGUUAUGGUUUAUAAUAUUUUACUUCUCCUCUCAUGCUUAUCGGAUUCAACGUCUGCAGUUACAUGUUAGACAUUAAUUUGCAUAGGUUGCCGUAUGACGCGAUCGUUCAAGCAAUACGGCAAGCAUAUCACAAUCAUUUUCGUAUUACGUAAAUAAGGGAGCCACCAUUCGGUUGGGAAAAUUUGUUAUACAUGCGUCGUAGUAAUACCAUUAGUUGGAACUCUUCAUACUUUAUUCGCAGUCAAGGCGAACUGCAUAAUAAUAUUAAUCCGGUAAUUUACCAAGUAUCGAUUUGUUAAAACGCCCGAUUCUGUUACCUUUAUCUCUUAUUAUAACACACUAAAAUUAUGAUUAAAUAGAUUAUAAUAUAAAAGAAAAAG